UUCAUCUCGGUCUUUUCACGUCCGGCGCGUCGAAAGAAGUGAGGAUGUACUUCCUGGGACUCACGGGCAACUGGACUGCUAAUGUCUCGUCCUCGCUUGACAUAUUUGUGGUUAAUAGACCUGACCGUGACUGACUGUUACUGUGAACGGGUGAGCUCCAUCGAUGUCGGACUGAAAACGGGAUUGGGAUAGACCAGACCAGACCAGACCAGACCACACACAGAAGAGAAAUUGAUGGAGGGAAGGAUUGAGGGCUGUAUUUAGAAAGGCUCUGCUAUUGCUGCUUCUCGGCGCUAAUAUGGUCAGAGCCCCCUCUUUCGCUUGUCCUCCAAUGGCGAUACUGCUCAGUGCCAGAUCACGGCACGGAUGUUCAACCCAUGCUACUUUUGCCGCAAAGGGUUUCAGCUUCAGGGGAGGGUUUGGUGUAAUCAGUAUGCAAAGGGUGGGAAUGUCAGAAUCGGCCGCGAAGACAGCCAAUUUAUCUGCUUCUAGGAAGCAAGUCCUUCAGUUGCCGAAUUACGAGCAAUAUCCCAUCAGUCAAUUCCUGAGUCAUCCAUCCGGCGUUCAAGCAAUACUGAACGCCAGAGCUCUUCAGAGUUUUCAGUUCCUCGAUGCUAACACCUACAGGUGUACUCUUCCUAAAAUCCAACUUCUGAACUUCGAAGCAACUCCAGUAAUGGACUUGAGAAUGACUUUGACCGAUACAGAUUGUAUAGUCGAGAUGCUCUCUUGCAAGUUCGAGGGUUCAAAGGUCGUGGAACGCCAAAACAACCAUUUUUCAGCUUUCAUGACAAAUCACAUGAGAUGGGAUACAAAUGAUUCUGGGAAUACAGUGGAGGUUGACGUGAAGCUGGGUGUUACUCUCGAGAUUUUCACUCGACCAUUUGCUUUGCUGCCAUUGUCAGCUGUUGAAGUCCCUGGAAAUGCAGUGAUGCAAGCUCUAGUGGAUAGGCUCGUACCACUUCUUGUGGGGCAGCUGUUGCAAGAUUAUGAGCAAUGGGUUCGUCAGCAACGUGAACAUCUGUGAUAAAGUUCAUUUUCUUUUUUGGUUAUGCGAUUUCUAAUUUUUUUAAAGAUAUAAGGACAUUCUUGACCUUACCCUGUUAGACAAUCUGGUUGUUGGCAUUGGUAUGGUUCGUGAAGACAGCCGAUUCAAUGUGAGGUAUGUAUACUGUGGUGGAUCUCUUAUCAUGUUUAGGGUGGUCUCUGGUUCUUCGCCGUACUGAUGAAAUGAGAGCAAUUAAAAUCAUGGGCUGAUUUAUUUGUUCUGU